CAACAAUUCAGCCGGAUAAUAACAAUAUCAACUUUCAAAAGUGGCAACGUAAAAUGUUCUUGCCCCGCUAUACUAAGUGAGUCGACUCAGAAUCGGAGCCAUCUUGUUCACUCGUGGACGGAAUUUGAUUCUGUGUAAUGAAAGUGAUGGGAUCCUCCACUUUACAGCCCUACUUUAUGCUCAGAGCCUGCGACGUCGUAUUACCACUCCUCAUGGAUACAGCUAGUCAAAUGAACAUCUUUAUACCAAAAAAUAAGAAGUGUUUUGCUCUCUAAAAUCAGAGAAAAAAAAUCGACUGAAUUAAUCACCAUAAAUGCCAUUUGGCUGCUUGAAAUCUCCAUUUUCGAUGCAAAAAUCCGACCUUUCCCUCGGAAUACCAGGUGAUGGCAGGUGUUUAUUCCGAUCCGUGGUCCAUGGCGCUUGCCUGAGAUCAGGAAAGCCAUCUCCAAGCGAAACCCAUGAGAAGGAACUUGCAGACGAGCUUCGAGCAACAGUCGCUGAUGAGUUCAUCAAGAGACGAGCAGAUAGCGAAUGGUUUGUCGAAGGCGAUUUUGAUACUUAUGUUGCACAAAUGCGAAUGCCCCAUGUAUGGGGUGGGGAGCCCGAGCUACUCAUGUCCUCACACGUGCUACGGGUCCCAAUAACCGUACACAUGUUUGAUAAGAAGAAGAAUUGCCUAAAGGUUAUAGCCGAGUAUGGUCAAGAGUACGGUCAUGAGAACCCAAUUCGCGUUCUUUAUCACGGUUAUGGGCAUUACGACGCAUUGCACGUCUCGUCUAGUGGGACAAGAGAUGAUGAGAUGACAAUUGCUAAAAAAAUUGUAUAGUUCUAACACAGCAACUGAUUCUAAGUUCUGCAAAAACUCAUGUAUGUGCUGCCAAUGCUAUAAGAUGUAAGAAUUGACAAAUUAUAAACAAUAAUAUAUAACAAUAAUGAGA